AUGUCCAAAGUCCAACAACUGAGAGUUUUUGUGAACCAGAGACUGAGUGCAGCUGCUGAAGAGAUCUUUGAGCUGUUUGAAAGAACGAUAUUCGAGUACGAGGAGAAACUCUGUCGAUUUAAAGAGAAUCAACACAAACUUCUGAAUGCUGUUUACAACCCUGAAGUCCGCUUACACAGAGCAGGUUUGGACUGUUUUGUUGAUAUUCUGACUUUAAACUGUCUACCAAUGGAUUUGUCUGUUUUUAUAUGAAACUCCUGGUUUCAAGACUGAAAUUCAACAUUUCUCCACCUGUUUUCAGGAAAUUCAGUUCAAUCAAAAUUGUGGUUGAUUGUUUCCUACAGAGUUCGAGCAGCUGUGUACAAAAGAAGAGGUUCUUCCCGAGCAGAAAGUGGACCCACCAGAACCACUCCAGGUUAAAGAGGAACAGGAGGGACUAUGGACUUUGGAGCAGCCUGAGAACAAAGGGGGAGCUGAUGUUGUUGAGUUCACAUUGACUUCUGUCCUUGUGAAGAGUGAAGAAGAUGAUGGUGAGAAACCUCAGCGCCUACAACUUCGUGAAAACCAAACUGGAGAGACUGGACACACACAGCAUCUGAGAACAGAACAGAACUUUAAUUCAGACAGUCAUUUAGAUUCAGUCACACAUGAAGAAGAGACCGUAAACUCCUCUGACGGUGAGAGAAGUGACUCUGAUUAUGUCGGGGAGGGGACCAGUGAACCUCAGACACGUGUAAAACCUACAAGUGAUGCAGAGUGUAACACUGGAAUAAAAUUAAUUAACUUCUUUCCUUGUGUUACAGAUUGUGUCUCAAUUAAACAACUGCAGACACAAGUUAGAAUCCGAACAGAGGAUAAACCAUUUCCUUGCUCUGUCUGUGGUAAAAGAUACCCCCUGGAGAAAUCUUUAAAGAAACACAUGAGACGUCAUUGGAAAGAAAAACAUUUUAGCUGUUCAGUGUGCAAAAAAAGUUUCCCAUGGAGAGGAGAGCUUGUGGUACACAUGAGAAUCCACGCGAGAGAGAAACCAUUCAGCUGUUCAGUUUGUGGUAAAAGAUUUGCACGGAAAAAUCUAACUCGACACAUGAGAACGCACACUGGAGAGAAACCAUAUAAAUGUUCACUGUGUGGUAAAAGAUUUGCACAACAUGCAACUUUUACCUGUCACUUAAAGGUUCAUACGAAAGAGAAAGCAUAUUUUUGUUCAAUUUGUGGUAGAGGGUUUGCACAUAGUCAAACUUUGAAGCGACACUCAAGAGUACACACGGGGGAGAAACCUUUUAGUUGUGAAAUAUGUAAUAAAAGAUUUGCUCGUCUCCAAAGUGUCAAAAAACACAAAUGUGUUGUUGUCGAGGGCAGCAAAGACAAAUGA